AUGGGUGAUAUGCCUGAAGUCAGGACAAACCCCUCCCGUUCUUUUUAUCAUACUGGAGUUGACUACACGGGUUACGUGGACGUCAAGGCAAGCAAGGGUCGAGGCAUAAAAACAAGCAAGGGCUAUGUGGCUGUAUUCGUGUGCAUGGCUACAAAGGUCGUGCACCUCGAACUCGUGUCUGACCUCACGUUGUCAGCAUUUUUUGCCACACUGCGUCGUAUGGCAGCUCGUCGAGGCGCGCCGUGUCACAUAUAUUGCGACAACGGGAAUAACUUCGUCGGUGCUAGCCGUGUUCUGGGACAAAACAUAAAGCUGAUUAAAGAAAAUAUUUCUGAUCCAGAAUUAUUAACUAAACUUACCAAAAUGGAAAUCGAAUUCCACUUCAACGCUCCGUCUUGGCCGUCAGCGGGAGGACUCUGGGAGGCUGCGGUCAAGAGCCUUAAAUAUCACAUCAAACGUGUUAUCGGAGAACAAAAAUUAACAUUCGAAGAGUACUCAACGAUACUUACUCAGCUAGAAGCGUGUCUUAAUACUAGGCCGCUGUGUGCAUUGACUGAGGAUGUGGAGGACCUCGACUUCGUGACACCUUCGCAUUUCUUAACUAGAACAGCUGAUGUAACAAUCCGGGAAACAGAACAUGACACGCGAACAAGAUGA